AACAUCCACCCCUUGGCGCUCAUAUGGCCUUAUGCAGUUGCGAGUGCUGUAAAACCUUAAACUAAAAAACUCUUUAAAUUUGUUGAGAACAAAGAAUUGUUUGUUUGUUUUACGUAAACGGCUUUUGGGAAUUCUCCUUUGCAGAGUUGUGAGACUUAGAAGGAGAAAACUUUCCCUGCAACAGAGAUUGUUACAGUGGGUGUCGCAUUCAACGAGAUCACAUUCAACGUGAAGUCGGCUCCAACGAGGCAAUCAUUAAUCCCCGAUUUUUCCCCCUUUAUCUCUUCGUAAAUGUACGUCAGCUACAACGAGGUUGCAUACAGACCGAGGUCGCGAUAAAAAAAAUAAAAGCAAUUAGCGGCCCAAAAAGCGAAGAAUUUGUUACUUUCUCUCCAUCUCAUGCUCGAAGCACAAGGCCCAUCCUCAAUGCUAGAUAGGCCUAUUUAGUACAUAUAAAUUAGUGUGCCUCCUGGGCCCCAAAGCCAAGAGGAUGGGGGAUGCUGGGCGAGGGUUGAAGUUGGGGUUGGCUUACAGUAGGGAUGGGAGGGGGUGGGUGGGAACGCGACGCGUGCUGUGUGAAACUGAGCCUGUGCUGCUGUUAGGCCUAGGCCGAGCCGGCAGGGAUGGGAGGGGGUGGGUGGGAACGCGACGUGGGCUGUGUGAAUCGUGAAACUGAGCAUGUGGUAAGGCCAAGCCUGGGCCUACAGUUUACAGUGUGGCGUAGUUGGGGGGGGGGGGGGGGGGAGAUGAAGAAAACCAUCUUCCUCUGAUUUCAGUUGUUCUUUCUUUUCUACUUUGUUUGUUUUAGUAGAGGUCUUUUCUACUUUGUUUGUUUUAGUAGAGGUCUUUUCUACUUUGCACUAACUUUGACAAUAUUCCUCAGUCCACUUGUGCUAGAAUUAAAUUCAAAAUGGCUUCAAAAUCGUCCACAAGUAGGAAAUGUCUUUCAUUUGAAAUGAAACGAAAAAUCAUAGAUGAAGUUGAAAAAGGACAGAGAUCAAAGGCAGACAUUUGUCGUGAGUAUGGCCUCAGCUCAAGCACGUUGUCGACCUUUUUAAAGGACAAGGCCAAAAUUCGAGAGGCCGUUGAACAAGGCUCGUCUAAGCAGAAACGCCAACGCACUUCUGAGUUUCGAGAAAUGGAGAAGGGACUUCUUAUGUGGUUCAAAGAGGCGCGGAAGCAAGAAACUGUUGUUUGGGGAGCCACACUCAAAGAGAAAAGCAAGGAACUAGCCGCAAAACUGGGCCAUGAGGACUUCACCAUGAGUGACGGACGGCUAGGCAGAUUCAAACGACGCCAUGGCAUCACAUUCAAGUCAGUGAACAGUGAAUCUGCCUCCGCCAGAAACAUCGACACGUCUGCAUGGAGUGAAACACUUAAGGAAGUCUUGACAUACAAGCCCUGUGACGUCUACAAUGCCGAUGAGACUGGGCUAUACUUUAAGUGUUUGCCUGACAAAACUUUAGCCUUUCAAGUUCAAGGGGAGGCUUGCAGCGGAAUGAAGGUGCCAAAGGACCGAAUUACCAUUCUGUGUGCUGCCAAUAUGGAUGGUACUGACAAACUGCCUUUGCUCACAAUUGGAAAAUUUGAAAAGCCAAGGUGCCUCAAGAACAUCCGCACCUAUCCCGUGACUUAUCGUCACAACAAAAAAGCGUGGAUGACAUCAGUGCUCUUCGAGGAGUGGGUGAGAAAGCUUGAUCAUCGCUUUCUUCUUGCUGGCCGUUCUGUCGCACUGAUAGUCGACAAAUGCAGCGCACAUCCCAAUCUCAAAGACCUACGAGCCAUCAAACUGUACUACCUACCCCCAAACACCAAGCCCCUGCUUCAGCCCUGCGACCAAGGAAUAAUUAGGGUAUUCAAAGCACUCUACCGGAAGCGAGUACUACAGCGCUACAUCAAUGAGUUUGACCGUACUGGCAGUACCGAAUCUCACUACAAAAUAACAUUACUGGAUGCAAUGGUCAUGGCAGCUGCUGCCUGGGACGACGUGGAGCAAUCCACGAUUCAGAAGUGUUUUGGUCAUGCAGGCUUCGUGCAGACCAACAGCACGGAGGAAUCAACCAGCUUCAGCACAGAGCCCACCGCGUCACAGCAGAUUGAUGAGACAGAAGUGAUUGAGACCACCGCCUCUACCCCCCAAGACAUGCCGGAUCUUGAAAACCUCUUUGAGAGGCUCAGAGACAUCACAGGCAUCACCUUCAAUGUGACAGAGUAUAUCAACAUUGAUGCAUCUGCCCAGACAACAGAGGCACUCACUUUGAAUGAUUUAGCUACUUCUGUCCAACAGUCUUCUGUGACAAUCGACAGCAACGAAAUCGAAAAUGAUGAUGAUAACGACAGUGAGACGCAGUUUAUUACAAGUGCAUCUGCUAUGGAAGCAUUGGAAAAGCUGCGCUUGUAUCUGAUGCAGCAGAAUAACACUGAAGCAGCCAUGCGUCAGGUCUCAGCACUCGAGAAGACUGUACAGCAAACCGCCACACGAGAGAUGCGACAAAUGACUAUUGUUGACGCCUUCAACUUUAAGAAAUCUUCAGCUUAGAGAGAGAGAGAGAGAGAGAGAGAAUACCGGCAGCCUAUUUUGCCCCAGUUUAAGCCAACUGUAAAAACGUAAAUUACCCACCUCUGGCUUUUCUGUAUUGUCUGCUGAUACAUGUUGUCUAUAAUUAAUGUCUCUAUGUCUUUUUUAAAUAAAACUUUAAAAAGGAACAACUUCCAUAUACUGGAACUGUAAUCCCUCCCUUAGUGAAAUGAAAACUAACAUUUUGUUUGGAUGGAUUGGCCUAGAUCUCUAGACCUUCAGCUUCUUCAAUUUUCUUUUCUUCCCCUGAUCAGAAAAUCCAAGCUCCCGCCUUUACUUGUAGAGCUAGGCCUGGGUAUGAGAGGGUAUGUUUCCACAAGAGAAGUGUUCCGGGAAAAAAUCCGGAAAAUUUUUUUUAAAACCCAAAAAACCACGAUCAGAACACAGCAAAACGCACACACUGGUGCAGUUUGAGUUUUUCGUCAUAAGGGGGAACAACUGUUUUAAUUACUCAUUACUGGUAUUGGUACAUCAUGUAAUAUCGUAAUAAUAUAAUUACUUCUCUCCCCUUCUUUUUCUUUUCUAGCGUUAGUUCAAGUUCAACUAGAGGUCGAAUCUAACUAUGUCAACAAGCCGGUCCCGGCAACCUCGUUGAAUGUGACACCCACUGUACAUGGAAAGAUGAUUAUUUGGUUGAGUUUAGGACUUAAGUUUAUUAGUCGCUGCAUUAUAAGUGUUUCUCCAGAAGUAACAGCAUUUUAGUACAGGACAGUUGUUUUUUUCUUGUGCAUAGAAAAGGUUUCAUUGAUAUGAAUUCAAUUCAUUAUAAUAAUUUCUUGCUAAUUGAUGUGAAUUUUUUUUUAUCAUCUUUUGCUGCAAUGCAAGUAGCCGAGGAAUCAGUGAUCAUGACUCUCAAAAUGUUUUUACACUUUUUUUGUGUAUCUUAUAUUUUUUCAUGAAUUUUUAUAUUGAUUGAUCAGGUAAAAUCAGGUUUUCUGGCAGUGGUACUGCCGAAGAGAAAAAUUUUUCUGGCAGGUUAGUGGUUCAAGUGUGUAUGAAAGCAAAUUGUUUUCCUACUAUACUCAUUCAAAGAAAAUAACCUGCUUCUGUGGUGUAGCAGAUAGGCACUUUUCUGUGGCAUACAGGAGACACAAGUUUGAUUCUAGAGUGAGAAGAAUUUUUAUCAAGUGAAAGUGUCUCUGUCUUUCUGCUGGGAUUUUGUGUCCCUCUCAGUGCAGGUUGGCCCGGACAGACAGUCAGAUGCGACAGAAUCAAAGCCUGUCAUCUAGAUUAUCUUUAAAAAGUAAAAAUACCUACAGUUAUCAAAGAAAAUAUCAAGUUGUUUUUUUUAAGUGUCACCUGUUAACUCAAAGUAGUUAGAUAGAUUAUCUCUGUGGGGUAAACGGAAAACUCCUUUCACUUUUGUUUGAGAUUAUUGUGCUACUUCAUCUUCUGAUGUUGGACUCCCAAAUUGAUUCAAUAAAAAGAAAGAGAAGCAGUGAAGAAUAUAUGAAAGUGCACGACAUGUGUAAGUGUUAAUAGCUUGUGGGAAAUAUGAUACAUGUAGCAGUUGUUUCUGCUGAUGUCAACUCUAAUCUAUGAUGCUUAGCACCAGUGCCAGUAGGUUUGUUGUCCGUUUGUACUCCUUUUCUUGACAUUUCAUCUCCUUUGAUAUCCUUGAGGGAAAGUGUCUCAGUCUUCUCGAUUACACCACUUGUCUGCCAUUUAUGGAUCAAGGAAUUUGUGCGUUGGCGUUUUAAUGUGUUCCACAUGCCAUGUGUUGCAAAAAUCAAAAUAACUGGUGAGACAGAGGUUGUUUAUUAAAUUAGCUAAAAUUGUGUCGAUGGAGGUGUAAAAACACUUGCAUAAUGGGACUUUUGUGUAUUGUUAAGCUUGAUAAGUUCCUAUUAUAUAUAUUUGUCUGGAGUUUACACCAAAAGUGUGAUGCUGAUAGUGAAGAAAUUUGUAUUCCCUUUCACACAUAAGUCUUGCUUUAUACUCAUGGCUGAAGUAACUAGUGCCAUGAAAUUGUUGUUCUCAAGGGUUUAACAAUCUGAUUAAAAUUACAUGGUAUAUCAUAUUGAAGUGUAGUGAAAUUAUGUGCCUGUUUGAACAACUAUGUUGCAAUGCUGCCAGUUUCCUUUCUAAGUGUCUGUUUGUCUCCUCUUUGAUCUAGAGUAUUAUAAUGUAUGUUACAUGUUGUUAACUUUACUGUUUUAGUUACGUUUUGUCAAAACCACGUGUUCUGUUUGGUUGAACAAUGUUCUUUGUUUUAGAUGAGAGUAAUAUUUUUGCAUAGCUGAUUAAGGCAUUAGAUCUAUAUUUAUAUCUAUUUAAUGAUUCUCCAUACCACUUUGCUCGUAACUUGUUGCUAUAUAAGGUAAAAUACAUACUGGUACCUGUUGUUCUGCACUUUGGUUAUCUUGCUGGGCUUAAAUUCAAGAUACACUGUGUAUAAGCUUAAGUUGGCCAGGUGUGUCGGCACUCUUUUCUUUCCCUUGCUUUUGGAAAUAUGUUGGGUUGUUAUUUUUCAAAUUGUAAAAGCA